AUGUUUGGUGGUGGGGAGGAGUACUUUCAGGAGCCGCCGGAGAUCAAUCGCGAGACGCUCCGGCGGUUUGCCGCCUUCUGCGCCCGACUUCGCGGGUUGGAAAAGCCGGGGAAAAAAGUGAUCGCCGAGGCCGCCGCCCUCGCGCGCGAGGUCGGGGAUGAUCCCCAGGCCUACGAGCUCGUCAUCGGGGCUCUUUUUCGCCAUAUCAAGUCGUGGAAAGGCACCCAUCAGCUCGCCUGUUGGUACGUCCUCGAUCAGCUGGCGAAGGAGGCGCGGGAUAAGUACGGCUACGUCGCCGGGAAGUACCUCCUUGAGGUGGGGCGGGAUUUCAUCCCUUACGAGGAUCCUGCCCUCGCGACGCGCUACGAAAGGCUUGUGGCGCACUGGGAGCGGGUUUUCCCCCGCCACGUCGUGGAUGCGCUUUGGAUGGCGAAAAAAGAACGCCUGUGGGCGGCAAGCCACCCGGAGGAGGAGCGGGCGCGGCGUCGCGCCGAGGAGGAGAUGUGGGAACGGGAGGAGCGCGCGAUGACCGAGGAUGACGGUCUCAACCUUUUCGGCCAGCCCUGCCUGGAUUACCUCCAAGGCCGGUGCGCGUGGGGGGCGGAUUGCCGCUUUCUCCAUCCCCCAGGCGAGGAAGGCUCGCUCCCGCCGGAGUGUCGGAUGGGGGAUUGGAAGUGCCCUUCUUGUGGGGUGAUCAACCGUCAUUUUCGCCGGCGAUGCGCGAACUGCGUGCGGGAGAAGCCGCAGUAUCAAAAAGUCCGCACGCCGACCGCGGAGGAUGCCCUGUUGAGCGCCCCGGACGCCGCCGCGUUGGAGGCACUUCGGCAGCAAUUUGGCUACAACCCCGCCUUCCCCGAGGAGGCCCUCGCGCAUUGGCGGCUGCGUUUAGAGGGGACGGACCUCGCGGCGUACCUCGCGGAGCGGCGGGCGGCCUACCGCGUUCGCAUCCUCGCCCGACCCCCAACCAACCCGUUGGAGGAGCGGUGUAAAAAUCAAAAACACUUCCCGGAUGUCGAUAUCGGACCAGAUGAGGCGUAUUUGCGGCUUCUCGCGUCCGGUGGCGCGCGAGACGACGCCGCGGCACCGGCGAAACGCGGGCGAUACGAAGGGUUCAUCCCACCCGGAACGACCCCCUCCAGCGCGGUGGCGAUUCUUUCGCAGAUGAUUUUAGAACGCGGCGUGCGGGAUUCUACGACGGCAGCGCUUUUCACGGAGCUCGGGCGGUAUAUUCGCGCUUUAGCAGGAGGGGAAGAGGGGCUCACCCCGGUGCAGGCGGAGGCCCUCUUGUCGGCAGCCAGGCUUGGGUUUACCGCUUGGAAUACGAAUAGAGAGAGCGUGCUCUUUGUGGCGGCAUUUUUUAAGACGAUCCGCCACGUCGAGGAUCGAAUCGGGUUAAGCGCGACGGACUCUAGCACCUUGCUUGCGAUGACAACCAACUUCUUGGCUUAA